AUGAGUUUGUCUAUUGAGCAGUUGGCUCGAAUAUAUGUGAAGGAGAUUGUGAAACUUCAUGGUGUUGGGUGUGCUCUUGGAGUGAGGGAGUUGAGUCCUAGGUUUAUAGGGCCCUACCAGAUAAUAAAGAGGGUCGUACCUGUGGCGUAUCAGCUUGCCUUACCUCCACAAUUGUCAAAUUUGCAUAGUGAUUUUCGCGUGAGUCAGCUUCAUAGAUAUGUAUCUGAUGUGUCCCACAUUGUCCAGCAGGACGAAAUUGAGGUAAAGAAAGUUUUGAAGUUUGUUGUGGGACCACUGAAAGUUCUGGCUCGCGAUGAGAAAGUAUUGAGAAACAAGGUUAUUCUCAUGAUCAAGGUACAAAUGGAAGGUUUGACUCCUGAAGACGCUACUUGGGAGCGGGAGAAUGAUAUUCUCCAGCGUUAUCCUGAGUUUGACGUCAU